GUCAAGGCAUUUCUCUCGCAGCGCACCGCAACAGUCCAAAACCAAAACCCCAAUCGCAGAGAAGAGGCAGAGACUAGAGAGAGAGGGAUCCAUCCAUGGCUUCCGCCGUCGCUUCCCAGGUGGCCGUACCGAAGCCCGUCUUCCUCAUGGACAUCCUCGCCUCACCGUCCGCCUCCGGGAACACCGUCGCCUCCGACCGCCACCUCUUCAGCAACGGAGAGGCGCCGCCACGCUCCUCCUCCGACGGCGUCAAGGAAUCCACCGGCGAGGACGCCGCCGCCGCCGACCGCACCCGCGGGCUGGACCUGUUCCCGGAGGCUGCGAUGCGGGACCUGCUGCUGGCGCUGGCGGAGGACGGCGGCGGCGCGGCGCCCUUGACCGGCUUCUCCCCGGGCGGGUGGUGGAUCUCCAAGGAGGAUGCCGACGCGGUGCAGCUGAAGGUGGCGAUGCCGGGGCUGGCGAAGGAGCACGUGAAGAUGCGGGCGGAGAAGAACAACCUGGUGAUCAAGGGGGAGGGCGACAAGGACUCCGAGGGCGACGACAAGAAGGCCCCGGCACGGUACAUCUACCGCAUCGGCCUCCCCUCCCACGCGUUCAAGAUCGACCAGAUCAAGGCGGAGAUGAAGAACGGCGUGCUCAUGGUGACCGUGCCCAAGAUCAAGGACGGGGAGCGCAAGGACGUGUUCGAGAUCAAGGUCGAGUAGGCGGUGGGGAUCGGAUGGGUCCUCCCCUGGUCUCCUGGUUGCAGUCCAUAUCGUAGUUGCAGUGGUCUAGUCGUAUACUAGUAGCAGUAGUUUUAAUUUCUGGUGGGGCACUCGUUUCUGAUGCAGAGCAGCAUUGCUGCGAACGAGAGGGCUUUUUGGUUGUGGUGGUGUCUCUUGCCUGAUGGGAGAGGCAGCCAUGUUUACCUUCCUGUUCGUCUUGCAAAGUUUAGUUUCCUGUAUGGCGAUGAUCUCGUGAUGAACUUUAAAUGGUAAUGGCAUCUGCAGUUAAUGAUCAACAUCUUUUAAGCCUCC